AUAAAUUAAUGGUGUAUUAAUCAUAUUUUAUGUAAUUAAUAAUUAUGUGACUUUUAAAUUUUAAAUUGUAGUUACUACCUUGUUAAUGUUAAGUUACUAGUGACUAACGACGAAUAGUAUCAAUAAAUCAUACAAAAUGAAUCUCAUCUUAAAAUAUAUUAAAAGAAAAUUAUUAUUGUAUUGGAUCUUAAGAGUUAGUGUGAUAAGUAUUUUUUUAGUUAUUGGUAUUGUUGCAUAUUUUAUUUUAUUUCCAUCAAUAAUUUACAUAAACUCAAUUGAUAUUCCAAGAUUUUUAGUCAAGACCAGUGCUGGUGAAUAUGAACUUCUCAAUAUUAGUACAUGCCCAAUAGUUGAAAUUAAUGAAGAAAUAAGUCUUAUAAAUGUCCAAAAAACUGUUAGCAGUACACAAUUAGACUUUAUUAAGCAAUCUAUUUCUUCAGGUGGAGAAUGGAUGCCAAAACAUUGUAUACCUCAACAUCAUACUGCAAUCAUAGUAUGCUAUCGGAAUCGAACAGAACAACUUCAAACAUUUUUAUAUCAUAUGCAUUCAUUUUUACAAAAGCAAAAUAUACAUUAUCAAAUAUAUGUUAUAGAACAAACAUUUGAUGCUGAAUUUAACCGCGGAAAAUUAUUUAAUGUUGGUUAUCGAGAGGUUACAAUGCGUUCUCUAGCUGGGUGUUUUAUUUUUCAUGAUGUUGAUCUUAUGCCAGAAAAUAUAAAUAAUAUUUAUGGUUGUACAAGCUGUCCACGACACAUGAGUACUAGUAUAAAUGUUUUUAAUUAUAAAUUACCAUAUUAUAAUAUAUUUGGUGGUGCUAUUGCAAUGACACGAAGACAAUUUCAUGACAUUAAUGGAUUUUCAAAUGUGUUUUACGGAUGGGGUGGCGAAGAUGAUGAUCUGUUUAACAGAGUUUACCAUAGAGGCUAUAGAGUUUGUCGAUAUCCAUCAUUUAUAUCAAGGUAUACAAUGUUAACACACGAAAAAGAAACACCAAAUGAAAAUAGAAUGAAAUAUUUAAGAAAUGGCCCAAAACGAUUUUAUACAGAUGGUGUUGAUUCAGUUACUUACAAUUUGAUCAAAUAUGAACAAUUACCAUUAUAUACAAGAAUAUUAGUCAACGUUUAAAAUAAAUAUAGUAACUUAAAUACAAGAAGAAGCUGACAUGAAACUGCAUGAGAGUGUGAUUCUCCUUGUCUUGCUACACAUUUAUUUAAUAGAGUCAAUAGUCAUAAUAAUAAACAAUGGAAAUCAUUAUGUAUCAAAGACUUUUUUUUAUAUUUUUACUACUUAAUACUUAUCACCAUUUUUAGGUUAGUUUAAUAUAUUUAAGCAUUAUAUUGGAUAAUGUAUAUAAUUGAUUAUUAUAAGCCUUUCAAAAAAUUACUUAUUUUACAACUAACAUAAGGUUAGAAACUGUUAUGUUAACUAUAAUUUAACCAAUAUCACAUAGUCUACAAUUAAAUUAGGUACUUAACCAUGUCUAACUCUAAAUAAAUGUGUUUUGAAUUAUUAAAUUAAGUUAUUUACUAUACUUCAAAGUGUAUGUUUGCAUUAUAAAAAGUUAUAUGAAGUAUUAAAUAAGUCUGAUCUUAAAUUUAAACAUAGAUAUAAUUACUGGAAGAAGUAAAGUGAGAAUAGUGGUUAUUUUUUAAUUUGGGUAGAAUAUCAAAAUUGUUAAUAUUGCAUAUUAUAUUACAUUAGUUAGGUAAUUGUGUUCAUAUUCUACUUUAAUUUAAAAUUGUACUUAUAAACCAUAAUACAAAUAAAUUUGAUGUACAUAGAUGA